UCGUAAAAAUUAUAACAACAAUUAGAUAUUUGGAUAUCAUUUAAGGUUAGGGUUAGGCAAUUGUUAUCAGUGUGGUUAGGGUUAAUGUUAGGUUUAAGUUUAAAAUCAAAUUGUAUUGAGAAGAGCAAUUGUAGAAAUAGGCGGGGUUUAUGAGUUUGUGGCUGUGCUAACUAGGGACGACCUCAAAUCCAUCCAAAUUGAAGGUGAAAGUAUUUUCCUAUCUCGUCCUGUAGCACUUUACACAGCGGUUUGUGCCCGGUUUGUUUAACGCUUUGUCUAACACCCUUCCUUGGUAAUAGUCGUCAUUAUGUCGUUAUUCGGAGAGGUUCCCCAAGCCACCCCAGUGGCUGUAUUCAAGCUGUCGAAUGAUUUUAAAGAGGACGCGAACCCCAAGAAGGUGAACCUCGGAGUUGGAGCCUACAGGACAGAUGAGGGCCAGCCCUGGGUGCUGCCCGUGGUUAAGAAGGUGGAGAAGAUCAUCGUAGCGGACAAUAGUCUGAACCAUGAGUACCUGGCCAUUCUGGGUCUGCCUGAGUUUAGGUCCUCUGCAUCCAAGAUCGCCCUGGGAGAAGACAGCCCUGCCAUCCAGGAGAACAGGGUGGGAGCGGUGCAGUGUCUGGGGGGUACAGGUGCUCUGAAGAUGGGGGCAGAGUUUCUCAGACGCUGGUACAACGGGAAUGACAACACAAAAACACCUGUCUAUGUCUCAGCGCCUACCUGGGAGAACCACAACGCUGUGUUUGCCAACGCCGGGUUCGAGGACAUCCGUCCCUAUAAGUACUGGGACGCAGAGAAGCGGGGUCUGGAUCUGGACGGUUUCCUAGGCGACCUGGAGAGUGCACCAAAGCACUCCAUCUUUGUUUUGCACGCGUGCGCCCACAAUCCCACCGGCACAGACCCUACACACGUAGAGUGGAUGCAGGUGGCUGAGGUCAUGAAGAGGAGGAAGCUGUUUGUGUUCUUUGACUCAGCGUACCAGGGCUUUGCAUCAGGCUGUCUGGAUAAGGAUGCCUGGGCCGUGCGCUACUUUGUAACGCAGGGUUUCGAGAUGUUCUGCGCCCAGUCCUUCUCCAAGAACUUUGGCCUCUACAAUGAGCGUGUGGGGAACCUGACUAUUGUAGCUCGUGAUUCUGACAACCUGAAGAGAGUUCUAUCUCAGAUGGAGAAGAUUGUCAGGGUAACCUGGUCCAACCCUCCCUCCCAGGGUGCAAGGCUGGUCGCCAUCACACUCAACACACCUGAACUCUUCGCUGAAUGGAAGGAUAAUGUGAAGACCAUGGCAGACCGUGUGUUGUUGAUGAGGGCUUCACUCCAGGCUAAACUGCAGGCUCUGGAAACCCCAGGAACAUGGGACCACAUCACACAGCAGAUCGGCAUGUUCAGCUUCACUGGCCUCAACCCUAAACAAGUGGAGUACAUGAUCAAGGAGAGGAGUAUCUACCUAAUGGCCAGCGGUCGUAUCAACAUGUGUGGUCUGACCACUAAGAACAUCAACUAUGUGGCCGAGUCUAUCCACGAGACUGUUGUCAACGUCCAGUAGAAGACUACACUACCCACAACCACCAGCACUCCCUCCUGCCCCCCACCAGCUGUGUUUGUGUGUGUGUGUGUAUAAUGUAUUGGACCAAACAUACAUAAUAAGCCCCAUUCCCAACUCCCAGCACACUAGCUUAUGCUGGGCCUAUAAUGUCACUUGUUGUCUAUAGAUACAUUGUAUUUGAACACUUAAAUGAAUGCACAGGCAGCGUAAAGGCUAAAGAGAAGUGUUCAUGAUUUGUCUGUGUGUCUCUGUGUGGGUAUCAUCCCUGUGUGUCAUCACUGCUGCUUGCAGUAGAGUGUGGAGUGUAAAUGUAAAUGUAAAUGAGUGAUUUAAUUUGUACUGUUUUUGUUCAGUAGUGUUGAAGUCCUGUUUACUGAUUAAGCACUGUGUGUCAGGGCAUUUUAGCUGCUGUGUGGUUCCACACUAAGCACUAGCUGGCUGGGUCUUAAUACUCGGAAAUGGCUUCCUUUCCUCAUCUCUGAUGUUCCUUCAACCUAUCGUGUCCAGCCAGAUCAGUGAUCAUGGAGGGAAGGACACAAGGAAAGGAGAUAUGGAAAAUAAGCUAUAUUGUUUCAACUAUUGCGACACAGCCCAAGUGUUUCUGGAUGUAUUAGGACUAGCUCCCGCAGUGCUGGUGAAGGCGAUCUUCCAUUGCUUAUUAAUAUUAUUAACAUUACCUUAUGAUUAGUAUUGUUUGGGUCGUUGAAUUGCGGUGGGAUGUGGGCCUGGCAUUUUGAAACAAAGGUACCUCAUUUGUAUUUAUUUUUUAUUUAAAGCUGCAGUAGUAACGUUUUGGGCGACCUGACCAAAUUCACGUUGAAUUGUAAGUUAUAGAUUUGGAAUUCUCAUUGAAAGCAAGUCUAAGAUGCGGUAGAUAUGUUCUAUGUGCACUAUUUCUAUGCUUCCCGUUCUCAAGUUUCGUUUGUGCAUCUUUUACUUUGGGUUUUGUACACCAGCGUCAAACAGCUGAACAUAAAAUAUAUUUGGUUUUGGAAAAAAUAUCUCAAAGCGGUUUAGAUGGUACAAUGAUUCUCUACACUACACCUGCUUAGGCAAACUAUUAUUAGGCAAACUAUUAGAACGCUAGCAAACUGGAAAUGACGGAACGAUUUCUGCAAAUUGCACCUUUAAAUGUAUUUGGGUACUAUAAGGUGCAAUCGGGAGAACGUAUUAAAAAAAAGGAAUGCCAUCGCCAUUCAAGAACGACCCAUUUUUACGCAAAUUUCAUUCCAACUGUGAAAGGCGCAUUCCCUUGUCAGUUUGACUUACCCACCUGCAUACCUCAUAGGAGUUGUUUGUGUCCACUUGAAAGAGAACCUAAAUAUUAACUGUGACCAAGUAAUCAGUACUUGACUUGAAAGCAUACAGCAAGUACUAGAGUGAAAAACAAUCAAUUGACCAAAUCAGUCAUGCACUUAAUGUAUGUCAAAGAGAUGUAGCUAUGUAAUAAGGAUGCUAAUAUUGAACAUGAACUAUGGACGUUAUAUUUACAAUCAUGUUUAUUUUGGCCCAAGAUGAUGAAGUAAAAAUGAUGUAUCAGUAUCUCAGACUUAAACUGUGUAACUCUCUGUUGAAUUUCACGUUCAAAGUCCUGGCGUGCAUUCAGUCGGGACAAACAGGACUGUUCUCAAUCAGAGAGCAACAAUCCCUGUUAUUUUUGUUUCAACAUUUGAAAGAAGGAUCUGCUCAGUGUGAAUGUCCAAUCAGUCUAUUCCGAAGCGGUCGCUCUCUGUUGUUAUUAUCAGUAUCUGACAUCUCAGUGGUAUACGUGUAUUCAAAAUUGCACAAAUCAAAUGCACUAACAGAUGCUGUGAAUACCUAUGUAUCUCAAGGGGGUAUGACUCAAAUCCUUUAAUAAAUGUCUGCACACCACAA